CACACUCCGUCACAGAAUUUGGCAGGCCUAAACUUUGUCACAGGUACACAACGCAGUCUCUCCAUUAAACUCAAAUCUUCUCUCCCAUACAGACGCUGAAAACUUUAGAGAGAGAAGAAAAAGACAUUUAACUUUCUACAAGUAGCAGUCCAUCUGGAUCACAUUCAUCAUCUCUGCACUGGAUCAUGGUCAUUCAGGCCAGCGGUGUCAUGAGUAUCCCCGCUACUGUGAGUAUCGACAACCAGCUACCUGCUUCAUGGAUGGCCCACUACAACUGUGCUGAUGUUUCCAUGGUAACAUCCGGUUACACAAGCCGGCUCUGGUCUCAGGAUCAUCACCCACAGAACUGGACCAAGUACCAGGUGUGGGAAUGGCUCCAACAGAUGCUGGACAUGCACCAAAUUGAUGCCACCAGCAUUCCCUUCCAGAACUUUGACUUUGACGGGAGGCAAUUGUGCAACAUGAGCUUCCAAGACUUCACCCGGGCGGCCGGAUCCGUAGGUUCUAUACUUUUCCAGAGCCUGACUGACCUCAAGUGGAACGGUCAGUAUGGUCAAACAGAUAUGUUUAUACCAGGGGACAUUAAAACAGAAAUAGAUGCAGAUUUCCCAUGUUCAAUCCUCCCCUUCAAGGAAGAACCCAGCUUUUACAGCCCUUCAGAACUGUUUGAUAUCAAAAGCUCAUUCCAGCCCAACAUCACACUGACCUCACCGGCUCCCUCAAGCCCAGAUCCCAAACGGUCACAAGUCAAAAGACACAACCCUCGUGGGACGCACCUGUGGGAGUUCAUCCGAGACAUUCUCCUGAACCCCGAGCGUAACCCUGGCCUAAUCAAAUGGGAGGAUCGCUCCGAAGGGGUUUUCCGCUUUCUUAAGUCGGAAGCUGUGGCUCAGCUUUGGGGCAAGAAGAAAAAUAACAGCAGUAUGACCUACGAGAAACUCAGUCGAGCCAUGAGGUAUUAUUAUAAACGAGAGAUCCUGGAACGGGUGGAUGGACGUAGACUUGUCUAUAAGUUUGGCCGAAACGCUCGAGGCUGGAGAGAGUCUGAGAAGUGAAGGACUUUGUCUUCACAUGUAGCUUUCAAGUGAAACUCUUAUUUAUAAUAUUAUGGCCAUUCUUUAUAUUUGUUUUUUUUUUAAGAAAUGGGACUAUGAUGUUGUGUUUAUAAUAACUGUGUACUCGUCUGUCACCUUGUUGCUGUUAUUUGACUAUUUUUAGAUGCUCUUUAACACUUUGUUUACAUUAAAAAUAUACCAAUGUUUUUUUAUGAAUUUGAAUUUAAAGCGUAACAGUUUUGAAUAUUUACUGUGAAAAGCUAUUUAACCGGCUUUUGAAAAUGAGAAAUAUCCCGAGGACGACUCCAGUUUGGCUUUUAAAUGGCUUAAUUUGUCUUGAAUGUAAGUAGAAUGAACUCCCUGAGUAGACUUUUACCAUAGUAAAACAGCAAAGGAGUUGAAAUGAAGGACUAAACUGGAAAAAAGCACUAACAAUUGCAGGUUGUGGUCUUUAUUGAUAUGACUGUCAAUACACAUCAUGAACCACAAAAAUACACAAUUUCAAGUUUUUAUUAAUGCUUGUAUAUAGACUGUGCAUUUUGCAAUUAAACACUAAUAAAACAAUUUUUUAAA